GGGAAGGCGAAGAGUGAGCGACGUGAGAAAUCCGGGCUGUCUUGUGGAUCAUCCGUGGCUGUGGCGUCGCCUCGCUCUCGGUCCGCGUUAAAAUGAGAACCACCGCGUUGCUAUGUCUCGCUUCGUUGUUCGUUGUCGCGUCUACCAUGCCUCCAUUUGGUGGGUAUGGUAGCUAUGCGUCCCCGAGUGGUUAUGGCAGUGGUUACGUGCCUCCGAGUAGCUAUGGCAGUGGUUACGUGCCUCCGAGUAGUUAUGGCAGUGGUUACUGGCCUCUGGGUGGUUUGGGUAGCUCGAACCCGGCAAGUGGCUAUGGCAGUUUCUCGGUCCCAGGAGUAACCUCGCUGUUGCCGUCCCCUGCCAAGACUGUAGCCAAAGUUAAGACUGUUAUUUCGUCCUUGGGCAAGAAGGUCUUGCCUCUACUCACUUCACCCACAAACACGACCUCUGCAGCCGCUUCAGCAAUCAAGAAGUAUGUCACUGCAGCUAAAACUCUUGCUUCACCGUUCCAACCCGGCCUGGAAUACUGAAACUCAAUUGUGUUGUUCUGCGUAAUACACAGUGAUGUAAUUUUCAGAACUGGAGGAAUCCUUUUAUUCAUUAUGCCUUUUUUGGAAAUUAUAACUGAUAUGUCUAUUUU